ACCAUUCUCAACUGUAACCGCUUUUCAGUUUAGUAUAGAUCGUGAUCGCGAAAAGGUGUUGCUAUUAAUAUAAGAAGUGAACCUAACAUUACUCCUAACCUAACAACUCUAUCAGUUUAAAAUACCAUCUAUUGGUAGGCAAGUCAGUGAAUUGUGAAAACGAUGUAAUGAAUUCUAUAAGCAAUCUAAUAAUUAUGUGAAAAGUGAUAACAAAAAACAGAAGCUGCUCGUUGAAUAGAAAGUGUUUACCAAGUGAAAUAAAUCAGCAUAAGUAGUCGUAUUCUUCGAUAAUCAGCUGGAAAUUUAAGACUCAACACAAUGUUGAACGGUGUUAGGCGAAAAGUUUGUACCAGAUGGCGCCUAACGACGGUUCUAGCGUAUAUUCUUUGUAUCACGCUACGGAAUAGCGUUUGGGCUAGUGAAGAUGAACCGGCAGCCAUCAGCUACAUCAAUCGUGAUUCGGUAAAUAAAAAAAUUCUUCCCGAUGUAACCACUAUUGCGCUGGAGGAAAAUGUACCAGAACAGUACCGGCCUGCAACAAACCGAUUUUCACGACUUUGGAAGGAACACAUCAAUGAUAUCAUUGGAUACGACACAGUGGCAGAUACUGCUUUUACGUUGAUUAUACCCGAUAAGAUCCACGAUGACGCCUUCGAAAAAAAUGAAACGAAAAUUCGAGAGUUUUUAUUCGAUCAUAUUGUACCGGGUGCCCUGAUGGAGGUGAAAGAUCAAAACACCUACAUCAAUCUUAACCAACGCCCAGUGCAUGUGAAUCUAUCCUGCAUCGAUAUGCUAAUGGCCUAUGAAAUUAAUCAAAGUGCGAAGGUGUUAACGAAACGCCACAUUACGGAGCAUCUCAACUUGGUAUUUAUAGUUGGAAACUUGACAAAUUGGCAUGCACAAAAUGUUUCUACCAAUAAACUAAACAAACGUAAUAUCCAGGAAAACAAUCGCUAUAAUGAACCUCAACGACUAGAAAUGAAAAAUAUUACAAAAGAACUGGCUAGUAAUAGAGAAAAUCGUAUUGGACAACAUGUAACGAAUUUUUUGGCCGGUAUGAAAUCCGGUACCAAAGUGUUCCAGCACUUUUUCUCCAGCUCAAAUCUCAGUCAGCUAAUCGACGAUAGCUCAUACAUGGUGCUGAUACCAUCAGACACAGCGUUUCAACGGUGGCAUCCGAUCGAUUGGGGAUUCUAUCCUUUCUCAGUGCAAGAAUUCACUGAAUCAGUACUACGAAAUCAUUUCAUACGUAUCAGACAACCACUACGGAUGGCUGAUCUGCGAGCUGCGCAUGCUGUACAUCGUUUAAAAACGCUUGGCGGAGAGUACGUUGUACUUAAAAGUAAACCAUCUCCCAACGCAAACAAUGUAACCAUUCUAUCCGCUUAUACGCUUUCGAAUGGGAUCGAAGUAUUCAUAUUAUCUGAAGUUCUGUUUGUAUCGGAGUCCAUCGUAUCACGGUUGCAUCAGAUGCACAAGGACAAAGAGACACCUCCCUUACUGGCGUUCCCUUGGUUCGGUGCACAAUUUCUAUCUCAUUCCUUCCUCGCCUUAGAGCGUGACACACGAUUCACGCAAAUCACGCGCUUUCUUAAUACAGCCGAAAUAGCGCAAUUCAUUUCCGGAUCAAACUAUACAUUCUUUGUGCCUACUGACGAGGCUUUUGAGCGUUACAGUUUUGAUCUGUUGCCAGAUGCAGUCCUCGCCUCAGAGAAAGGCAUCAAUAUGCUUCUGAACCAUUUCAUUCGUGGCCGGCUGUACGACCGCGACCUCAAGCAAGGAGAAGUGUUUGACACGGUAGGCGGAAUGCCGGUAAAAGUACAACGCUCGUUUGAAAAUAAUAUCACUGUGAACAACGCUCAUAUCGUUGAAUCUGAAGUAUUUGUCUACAACCUUGGAACCAUGUUUUACGUUGAUGAUAUACUAUACCCAGAAUUGCUGAAAGAUGAAGUAAAGGCCAUUACUGAGUUGAAAACAGUCGAGCGUGAUAUUCCGGCCACUGUCCCAGGAACCAGCAGUGGCGAUAUUUACACAACAGAGCAAAGCGCACUAUUUACCGAUCGGUUCACUUCCACGACUCACCGGUCGUCAUUGUAUGGUUUACUUACUACGAAUGCAGAUGUAGAGUUUAUUCCUUUGGACGCGACCGAGUCGAGCAUAAAUAGCAAUCGAGAGGACAGUGUCCUCUUACAAGAUGAUGAAGUUAUUACACCAAAAGCUCUUCCUCUCCGAUAUUUUUAUGAAUCACAGAAAAAAUAA